AAAAUACUUAAAAGCUAUCUCCAAUUUUUAGUUUAAUUAUUUAGUCACAAUGAAAAUCAUUAUACUCAUUAUUUUACUUAUAUUGUUAAAUUCUCUUCAGGGAUCGGAUAUAAGCUGGAGAGUUGAAUGCGAAUGUGAAGAAAGAUAUAGAUUAGAAGAUGAAGCGGCAGCUGUAGCAGCAGCUAUAGCAGCGAGUCAGGCUAAUAAAUACAAAAGAACCAAUAUGAAAUCACAAAUUCUACAACCAAUAAAAUCAAUAUCCGGAAAAACUGAACAAAAGUUUAGACCAGAAGAUGAAACAAAAGCAGUAGCAGCGCCUCAGAAUGAAAACAAAAAAUCUGAAACUGAAACCCAAAUAAUACAGCCAAUAAUAAGUUCAACGAUCGAGUUAACUGAUAUAGAAAAACAGUUAAACAGACCACCUAAAGAAAAUACUGAAGAGAAUUACAGAGGAGAGAAACUCGAUAAAAAUAUAUCCAAACGGGAAAUAAAUUUCCGAGACACAUCGAAUACCAAGAACUCAAUACUAAAACUGCUGCUUGAGAAUAAAAAUAUGGAAAUAUUCAUGGAAUUCAACAGUCCAAAGGGAGCGAUAUUUACAAGACAAGCACCAAAUGGAAAAUCGUACAAAAGACACAACGAAUGCAAAUGUGCAAUUUUUGAGAACACGUCUGUUAAAGAAAAAGAACUUCCUCUGUUUAUCAAGACCAUUCAUGAUGUCUGUGGGAACGAGGCAGGAUUAGAGAAUUGUGAACAGAAGUGUAAUGAAGAAAUGACGAAUCAAGAAUUCGACAAUAAUGCUUGCAAUGCAAUUGGAGAAAAUAAAAUUAUUUUCAUGGCGUAUUUUGUUGAAGCUUGCAACAGUGUUGGAGGUUGGAAGUCGCUUGGUAUUUCUUCAAAAAUGUUGUGUUGCCAAGAAAACAUUUCUGUAACUUGCGAUAUUUAGUAUCUGAUAUUUUGUUAUAUAUGAAUUAAUUUGAAAUGUUUAGAAAUAAAAAUCAAUGAACUGAGA